AUGGCCGAGUGGUUAAGGCGAUGGACUGCUAAUCCAUUGUGCUCUGCACGCGUGGGUUCGAAUCCCAUCCUCGUCGCAAUCACCUGCUAUUUAAUGCCCGCUUUCCAGCCAAGCCACAUGCUCACUGACCACGGCGCCUACCUGAUGCACGUCACAUACUGCCUCUGCAACUUUGAAUGCAGCUGCUACAGGAAAGAGCCUGUCUUGCGCCUCAAACGCCUGUCUUCUGCCUCAAAACUUGCUCCAUCCAGACACUGCUCAAGAUCUGCUGGCAACAAAGAGAAAGUUGACCAUCUGCCACUAGUUUCAUCCUGCAUGUCACAGUCUGCCUCUGCAACCUUGCAUGCAGCUGGCAUGGAGACUCCUGUCUUCUGCCUCAAAACAUGUUCCAUCCAGAUAGUGGAGUCUGCUACUAGCAACAAGGGCAAAAAUUUAACAAUGUACUACUCGUUUCAUGCUGUGACAGCUCUGGGCUCACUGCAGGCUCACCUUCUCCACAAAGUACCGCUGGUUGCUGGGCUCUUCUGCUGUGUGGAUGGGAAAGGGUUUUUGAUCUCUUUGUCAAGCCAAAGGGCACAGGGGAAAUGGCUACUGUAG